UAUAAAAUCUGUUGUUUUUGCAGGUACUGUAAGAAUAGAGAUGUUUCGAAAUAUGCAGAAUGCAGAAAUCAUCAGAAAAAUGACUGAAGAAUUUGAUGAGGAUAGUGGUGAUUAUCCCCUUACCAUGCCUGGACCUCAGUGGAAAAAAUUUCGUUCCAACUUUUGUGAAUUUAUUGGAGUCCUGAUUCGACAGUGUCAAUAUAGCAUAAUUUAUGAUGAGUAUAUGAUGGACACAGUAAUCUCCCUUUUGACUGGUUUGUCAGACUCCCAGGUCAGAGCUUUUAGGCAUACAAGUACCCUUGCUGGACAAGUCUUGGGGACUAGAUAAAAUGGGCAGGAACAUUUAAUCCUCUGCUUCAAAGACUAUGUGCAUGGAAAGUUACAAGGCAGUUAUGGCCAGAUAUGAUUAUCGGCUUUGGAAUAAAAUGCUCCUUGACUUGCUUAUAUCUUAGCUGAGAAGAGAGACAAUCAGGUUAGUUAUUUUGUAGGGUACAGCUGUAAUGAGUUCCAUAGCUUCAUAAGUCACCAGUGCGGUCUUAUCAGUAGUAGUUUCAAUCUGUUUUCCAAAUACCCCUUUUUCUUGUUGUGAAUUAAUUAAUGUUUCCUUAUGUCAGUGUUUAUGCAUUGAUAUAAAUGUAUACUUUUACUACAUUUUUAUUAAAAGUUUUUAGCAUUCUGAAGUUCUUCAGGUCUGUUUAUCCCAGUUAUAAGAAUAAGUAUUCUUGUUUUUCUG